CCCUUUUAGCUUUGCAAUGGAAAAAGUCACUGUAAUAAAUGUAUUGAACCUUGAUUUUUCUUCAUCCUUUCUUCAGCAUUGAACAAUAUACAACAUAUAAUGUUGAAAGUACGCUAUGUAACGUGGCCCUCUAGCGGUUAAAAAACAAAACGGCAUGCAUUUUGCGGAAGAACGUUGUUUUGGUUGUGCUUCGGCUCGGCUGUGUGACUGUGCGGAUGAAUAUGCUUCACCGCAACUGUUAGCACGGAGAUCCAAAAAUCCAUCCGAGCAUUAAAGUGCAAUAUUUCAUGCUGUUGUUUUGACUAAUUUAACGUGUUCCAUGACAAUCUUUCUCACUUUCUCGCACUCCCACACCAUCAGCCAGAGACUUUUCUUUAUGAUGAGCACGGUCGAGUCUGUAGCCUACGCAAUUUCCCGCGAAAACCAUCCCGACAGGUCUACAAUAAACUCAAUUGGCUUGCCGUGGUGAAUCAAGAAGCCUCACCUGUGUGAAAUCAUGAUUGGGGCCAUCUGUCCCUUGUAUGUUCUUCUCUUCGCGCUCCUCUUUUUGUGCACGGAUGCACGUCCCGAAUCGCCCGGCCGGUCAAGGCGUGCUCCUGCUGCCAAAGUGCGACUGGCAGGUCUCGGCCACAGAGAAAACGAGGGACGAGUUGAAGUCCUGCACAACGGGACGUGGGGCACCGUUUGCGAUGACGAGGUCGACAUUAAACUGGCCAAUGUGGUGUGCAGGGAACUGGGUUUCCAAAGUGGCAUAACAUGGGCGCACAGUGCCAAGUACGGAGAGGGAGAGGGCCCCAUUUGGAUGGAUAACGUGAGGUGUGAAGGAACAGAGAAAACUCUGAAAGACUGCAAGUCGAACGGGUGGGGUGUUCAUGACUGCAAACACUCUGAGGAUCUCGGGGUGGUCUGUAGUCCAGAAAGAAGGCUGGACCAAGUGCAUCCUGGAGUCACCAGAAGAGGGCACACCAUUGCUCUCAGACCAAAUGCAGUCACCUCGAACCGUUGGCAGGACAUUUACUCCAGUUCAAGGACAUCUGCACAUCUCAGGCAAGGCAAUGGACAUUCCCAGGAUCAUACCAGAUGGGAUCAAUUCUCCAGACAGCAGUUCCAUAAUCCGUCUGCCAGUAGGGUGAAGAUUGAGGAAGUCCGUCUCAAGCCUGUCUUGAUGGUUACAAAGAGGCGCACUCUUGUCACGGAGGGUGUGGUGGAAGUAAAGCAUGCUGGGAGAUGGAGACAGGUGUGUGAUAAAGGCUGGAGUCUGAAUAGCAGCAGAGUUGUGUGUGGGAUGCUUGGAUUUCCUGAUGCGGAGCAGCCCAACAUGAACACCUACAAAAAAAUAUGGGAUAAAAAAGUCAAGGAUUCAACAACCAGAUUGAGUCAGAUGACCAAGAAGAAGGGAUUCUGGGUUGAGAAAGUACAUUGUCUGGGCACAGAGCCUAGCCUGGCGGAGUGCCACGCCCAGCUGUCAAUCCCUCGAAGCCCCGUCCCCUGUAAGAAUGGUCGCCAUGCUGUGGCCCGCUGUGUCCCAGGACCACAGUUUGCUCGAAUGUCCUCUGGCAGACCCCAGGCACCUCACCCUGUGCAGCUGUCAGUGCGGCUGAAGGCAGGGCCACGUCUGGGAGAAGGCAGAGUCGAGGUUCUGCGUGAGGGAAAGUGGGGAACUGUGGUUGACCACCUGUGGGACCGUAUCUCAGCCAGCGUGGUGUGCAGAGAGCUGGGCUUUGGCACUGCCAAAGAGGCUCUUACCGGAGCAUACAUGGGUCAAGGGACGGGGCCAAUCCACAUCAACUCUGUGCAGUGCACUGGCACAGAACGCUCCGUUUUGGAUUGUUACUUCCAGGAAGUCCCUCCCUGGACAUUCAAACACAGCCAGGAUGCUUCUGUCAAGUGCUAUGUUCCUAAGACAGGCAUGGAAACCACGGUGCGGUUGGCAGGGGGCAGGGACCCGGCCGAGGGUCGUGUGGAGGUGCUCAUGGAGGUGGGGGGCAGAAAGCGUUGGGGGACGAUUUGCAGUGAGAACUGGGGAAUAAAUGAAGCCAUGGUGGUGUGCAGGCAACUGGGCUUUGGUUUCGCCGCACGUGCCCAUCAGGACACAUAUUAUUGGCAAGGAGACCCUGCAGCAGAAGAAGUGUUGUUGAGUGGGACUCACUGUGUGGGAACAGAAAUGUCCAUCCAGCAGUGCCGUCGUAAUAAUUACGUCCACUGCCCUCGAGGAGGCGGGGCUAAAGCAGCAGGUGUCACCUGUUCUGAAACGGCACCUGACCUGGUUUUGGAUGCACAGCUCGUGCAGGAGAGUGCUUACCUGGAAGACAGGCCUCUGCACCUGCUCACCUGUGCACACGAAGAGAACUGUCUCUCCUCCUCUGCCAACCGUAUGCAGUGGCCGUACGGGCACCGCCGCCUCCUGCGUUUCUCCUCUCGUAUAAUGAACUUGGGCAGAGCCGACUUCCGUCCACGCGCCUCAAGAGAGUCCUGGACCUGGCACCAGUGCCACAGGCAUUAUCACAGCAUUGAAGUGUUCACACAUUAUGACCUCCUCACACUCAACGGAAGCAGAGUGGCCGAAGGGCACAAAGCCAGUUUCUGUCUGGAAGACACCUACUGCCCUGAUGGACUUCACAAACGCUUUUCGUGUUACAAUUAUGGAGAUCAAGGCAUUUCAGUGGGUUGCUGGGACACGUACCGCCACGAUAUUGACUGCCAGUGGAUAGACAUCACCGAUGUGAGACCUGGAGACUACAUCAUGCAGGUUGAGGUAAAUCCGUCCCUGGAUAUGGCUGAAUCAGACUUUAUGAACAACGUCAUGCGUUGUCGAUGUAGAUAUGAUGGGCACAGAGUGUUUAUGUAUGGCUGCCAUGCAGGUGAUGCCUACAGUGCUGAAAUUGAGGAUUUAUUUGAACACCAGCGUCAGAUCAGCAAUAACUUCAUCUGAGCCUAAUAAAGAGAGGUGAGAGGAGAGGAUGUUCAUAAAUGGGUCCUGGAAAUGUGGAUUUUUUUGGACAAUGAACUGUGUGAAAGAGAGAGAGAUAUUCUCAACUGAUCUCAGAAGAGUCUAGCAGUAGCACCACUGAGUGGAAGAGAUCUGCUAAAUUUUAAAGGGGUCAUGACAUGGAUUUUUUUUUUUUAAUUAUUAUUUUAAGAUGUUCCUUGAGGUUCACUUAUAAUGUUAAUAAGGUUUUGUUGCACACACACAAAAAAACGUAUAAAUGAUAUAAAACGAUUAUUUAUUCUGACCCUUUGUCUGAAGUGAUCCGUUUUUAAGGGGCGGAUCUUUUAAAGCUUGUCAAUAAACAGCCACUGUUAUGAAUUGCUAACAUCAUUGCAUAGGAAAGAGUAUCAGCGCCCACUCGCUAGUGCCCAUGAGUAUGUGUUUUGAAAACACUAUCCACAUAAAACUGUCUUUUACAGACAAAGCAUUAUGAAAUCAUUUACUUACCGUUUGUGAUGUAGCUGCUGUCAGAUCCAAUACAGUUUCUGCUUCAUCUGUCAACAAAAGUUUCUUUGCAAACUCUCCAUUACACUGUGCAUCACUUUCAAAACGAAAUGCUACGAACAAACAUAUAAUCCUCUGACAUGAUCCGGGACGCCAUUAAAAUAAACCGUCCACUUGUUUCCGACACUGGGAUCUUUCUGAAGUACCUGAACUUGAAGUUUGUAUGGAGACGCAAACGAGCUGUUUAAACUAGACGCGUUAAAGCAGUGGUCGGCAAUAGGUGGCCCGCGGGCCUAAACUGGCCCUCCAGCAAUAAUAUUUGGCCCGUGCCCGCAGCCAGAUUAUUUUGAUAGCCGCUGGUUCUGAAAUAGAUCUGUCUGGAGAGCGCAGUUCAUGGUUGCAUAGCAAUGACAGACACCACGGGAGCACAAGCGCUUUGGAAAGGAGGAGAAAGCAGCACGGCCACGUUUUCCACUCGUUUUUAGACGCGACAUGUGAAUGGCCCCUAAUAUUAUAUUCUUUGCAAACAGCGACAACUUCGUUGCAGAUAAGACACACCGGCUUUGCAUUCACAAACUAGGUAGGAUGAACGCAUAGUUGUGUUUCCAUUCUUCUUUGUUUGCCCUAUUUUCCCUUUCAACUUUCCUCUGUAGACUCUUUGAUAGUGCCAUUUUCUCUCACCAGCUAGCUUAAAUGUUAAUAUCAGUCUGCACACGACGUAAUAGCAUACCUCCAGCACACAAACAAUUUAAAUAAAUGCAGUUUAGUACAUGAGGAUGCCAAAGAAUAAUUCUGAGUGUAAAAGUAGGCUACAUCAAAUAAUUAUUACAAUAAGUUAGGCUCCAUUGUGUAACAAGCAAAUUAAAAUGAUACACAUUUAUUAUUCACAAUAUGGAAAGAGGAAAUAAAACAUAGUUCGUUAAGAGCAUGAUUCAAACAUGCCAUUAAUGGGCUUAUUCAAGUCCUCUUUUAUUUUUUGAGUUAUUUUUAUCCAUCUCCCACAUAUGUGUUUUAGCAAGGCGGUCUGUGUUGCAAGUUGGUGAAUGAAGAUACUUGCCAGGUUACGUGUCACUACUCUGCUUUAUUAAUUUAUCCAGUGUAAAACCCGGACACCGCCACCGCUUUUUGUUAAUGACUGUCCUACUACAGGAUUUAACACAGUAACAGCUCAAUACCAGUUACAAAAGACACUGUAACAGUCUGUCACAGGCAAUUCUAGUUGCAAUUUUUUUUUCAUCAAUUAUCUUUUGACUAUGUUCUGGCCCGCCAACUAGUGGUGAAAUUGUUUUUGGCCCGAUACCAAACUUACUUAGCGACCCCUGCAUUAGCAGAUGUCAGAAACUGAACAGGCAUCUGUAUACUGUAUCCAGUGUAGACAGCGUCAGUCAUUAUAAUGGGUUCUUUUUGAUUUUGACGCGACGCAACAUCCAGUGUAGGCAACUGUCAACCUUUAAGCGACUGAAUGUCGGUGGGUGGGGCCUAUGCUGUGAUGAUGUAAAACUAUUUGUCGAUGUCUUGCUCUGGAGCAGGCAUAUGCAAAUGUAUUUGCCAGUGUAACGUCACAAAUCCCACAUUAUCCAAACGAGCCAUUUUUGUAGCUUGAUUAAAUAAAUGGACAUUUUAAGCUAUGAAACUUGCAGGAUCUUUUAAUGGUACAAAGUCCUCUUAUAUGUCAAGAUCAAGGCUAAUUUGAUUUCUCAUGUCAUGACCCAUUUAAAUGGUUUUCUCCAUGGAAUUGAAUUUAGUCUAGCAGAUGUUUGGAAAUCAACCAAAAGAAAUAUAACUUUAGGAUUAGUUCACCUUAAAAUUUAAAUUCUUUGAGUCUUUUGUAUUUGAGGUUCUUUUCCUCCCAGUUGUAGUCACAGAUGUCAAAAUUUUAAUUUAAUGAUAGCUUAAUUGUCAGUCUGUUCUUGACACACUUUGCAUCAGAACACAUGGAGUAUACUUUUAUGAAUCUUUUAUAGAGCAUUAUUUGUCAUUUUGGAGCUUGAUAGCCAGUCUUUUUCACUUUCAUUAUACUGAAAAAAGUGGCUAGGAUAUUUCUCAAAAAUCCACCUUUGUGUUCCACAGAAGAAAGUCAGUCAUAUGAGUUUGGAGUUAGUAAGUGAAGUCAGAAUUUGUAUUUUUGGGUGAACUGAUCCUUUAAUUAAUAUCCAUUGAGAAACUGGGACAUUGUUUUCAGAGGCUAAGUUGUGAUUGUUUAUCCUUAUCAGCUGAUUAAAAUAAAAACAUCAUGCAAAAUUUAUAGUUCUUGGGACCAUAAGACUAGCAUUAGUAAAUAACAAUUUUUUCAUUAUUAUUAUUAUUUUUUGUUGUUGUUGUCUACAUAUAUUUAUUUUGUGACAUUAUAGAAUAAUAAUAUAAUAAAUGUUGUUAUAGAGUAAAAAAAAAAAAUGUUUAAUUUUUCAUUAUAUUUACCCCCCCACACAAAAAAAAAACAAAAAAACAAAAAAACAAAACAAAACAAAAACACAAAAAAGAAGAAAGCUGAGUAAGUCCGUGGUCUUUAAUAUUACCAAUAUGAUCUAUUUUAUAUGACAUCCAAAUGCAGUUUGUUCACUAUUUCUGUUCAUUUUUGAGUUUUAUAUCUAACUUCGGUUCUUUUGUUUGAGUUAUGCACUUUAUUGAUGGACUGUCAGUAUUUUGGUAGAAAUGCGUCAUUCACUACCAUCUUUAAACACACACUUCUGUUUGUUUGUUUGUAUUUAUGCCUUCAUUCCAUUUUUGAUAGACCUUUUCAUCUUUUUUCUGUGACUUUCCUGAAUCCCAAAAGAUAACAAAGGAUGUUGUAUAUGCUGAAGAUUUAUUUAUUUAAUACAUCGUUAAACACAUUUUCUGGAUGAGAGUUUUAUUAGUUUGACAGUUCAUAGAAUUAAUCAAUGCUUGCUAAAUGGUUGACUGCUUUAAUAUUCAUUUAACAUCUUGAAGCUUUGAUUUGUGGAUGAAUGGAACUUGUUUUCUUAGUCUAGAGUGUACUUGAAGCUUUUUUUUAACAUCUAUGAGUAUAAAGGAGUAUGUUGUUACAAUGUCCUGAAAAAAGCUACAUCACUACAGCAUUUAGUGAUGAGUUCAAAUCUAGCUUGAACUCAAGGAAUAAUAUUUAUGGGCCAGAGCAUUACAUAGGUCUUAAAGUAGUCUAUAAAUCCAAAAAGUUAUUUUUUUUUUUUCAGCUGUACUGUAUCAGUCUUUAUGUUUGUAAUUAUUUGCACAGUACAAGAUGCUGUUUAACAAUGGUUAUUGUGCAUGUAAUGAACUGAUAUGUAAUUUGUUCCUACUGUUUAUCUUAAAACCUCAUGUUAUUUAUCAUAAAGUAUAAUCCAUAACGGAUGAUUUCAUACACACGUGAGUGAUUUUUCUUAAGUGAAUCAUUUGUGCCCAUUCUGUGCCUAGAUAUUAUUUAAAUCAACUUUAAAUUUUCCAUGAUAUACUGUUUUUGUAAGAUCACAAAUAUGACUUAUUCUGUCUCUCUGUUGUGUACCUUUACUUUCACCUGUUACUCUUGAUCUGUUAUUUCACCUAUAUGUUUAUUUAUGAUUUGCAUGUUACUGUAUGUUCUUAAUAUUAUUCAUGCAUAAAUUGAUUUCAGUCCAUAAAUCACAGCAAACUUCAUAUAUAUAUUAUUAUUAUCUUUUGGUGCUAAUUGUGCACUGUUCUGGGAGUUUUUCAUGGAGUUGUUGAGAGUUUAAGCUCUUAUUGUAAUUUGCAACACUCUCAGGGAUGAAAUAUUUGUGUUUAAGAUUAUUUGUAAGAUCACUUGGACACAGGCAGGACACAAAUAAAUAGGAAAGUACUACCAAAAUCAUUCCAGAAGCUCCAACGUGAUGUAAAACUCCUGUUACUGUUUUGUGAUGAGUAUUACAGUAGUCAAUGGAAACAACUGAUCUCAAAUGUGAAUAAAUAUGGCGUAUAAGGUCUCA